AUGUCUUCGCAACCGCAACCGCACAACGAAUCGCACAGGGUCGCUAGCUCCGACGCAGGCACCGACGACCGCACCCUCUACGACCACACCUCCGACGACGAAGCCUACGACGGCCGGCCGUCCGGCGACCUUGACGAGCGCGACCGCGAUAUCUUGGACUCGGAGGAUGAGCGCGAGAGACUUCUUACGCGCGAAGAUGGUGGGAAGGGUAUCCUAGGGCGUAAAGGCUCUGGGGUCAAGGUUGGCAAAUGGGACAAGAAGAGCGACACCAAGGGGCGCAGGAAAAGCGGCAACGAAGAAGCAAGUGCGCUCAUGUACGAGAUGGAAGAGGGUAUUGGCGCUUCGAGUACCAGUUUCCGCCUAUACCGACGCAUGGCCAUCUACGUAUCCAUCAUCGUUCUCUUCGUCGUCCUUCUCGCAGCUACGUACAAUCUCUCCACCCCAAAAGACGUCAAGGGCGCAGUAACCCUGGUAUCAAACGGCACCUCGCUCUUCGCCCCGACCACGAUUCUCAUUUCCCUCGACGGCUUCCGCGCCGACUUUCUGUUCAGAAAUCUAACACCCACGCUGAACCAAUUCGUCCAAGAAGGCAUCUCGCCAAAGUACAUGAUGCCCAGCUUCCCCAGCGUCACGUUCCCAAACCACUACACAAUGGCCACGGGCAUGUACCCCGAAGCACACGGCGUGGUAGGAAACACGUUCUGGGACCCCGAACUACAGCAAGAGUUCUACUACACAGACCCAGACCGCAGCCUGCAAGCGCACUGGUGGGGCGGCGAACCCCUCUGGGUGACGGCCGAGAAACAAGGUGUACGGACGGCGGUGCACAUGUGGCCCGGUUCUGAAGCCAAGAUCCUGCAUCAGGAGAUUGCUUACGUUGACAAGUACAACGGCUCCGAAGUGCUUGCUAGCAAGGUCGACCGCAUCAUGUCGCUCCUCGACACCCCUGGCCCCAGAGACGUGGGCGCCAAAGCAAAUGCGCCCAGGCCCCAGCUCAUCGCAGCGUACGUCCCCGACGUCGACGGCGACGGUCACCGCUACGGCCCCAACAGCACCGAGAUCCGCAAAACGAUUGCAAGCGCCGAUGCCAUGGUGGGAGGUAUCCUGUCUGGUCUGCAAGCACGCAACCUGACCAACAUUGUAAACGUCAUCGUCGUGAGCGACCACGGCAUGGCUACCACGGACGUGACGAGAUUGAUUCAACUGGAAGACUUGGUCGAUCCAAAGGAACUCGAACAUACGGAUGGCUGGCCGCUCUACGGUUUACGCCCUAGAGAUCCGGAUUCUCUACACCGGCUUUACAACCAGAUCAAACAACGCACAAAGGAGAAUCCUAACGUGGACGUUUACUUGCGAGACGAGGAUAUGCCGGAGCGGUACCACUUUAGUCGCAACAAGCGGAUCGCGCCUCUCUGGAUCGUGCCCAAAACCGGUUGGGCGAUUGUCACAAGGGACGAAUUCGACGUCGAAGCGGGCAAGAAGAAGGGCCAAGUAUACCAUCCGAGGGGUCUGCACGGAUAUGAUUUUGAACACCCGUUGAUGAGAGCCGUGUUUAUUGCUCGGGGGCCGGCUUUCCCGCACAUGCCCGGCAGCAGAAUGCAACCGUUUCAGAAUAUCGAACUGUACAAUAUCGUUUGCGAUACGCUGGGUCUCACGCCCGCCCCGAAUAAUGGGACGUUGCGCCUGCCGUUGAAACCAGUUGGGUUGCACGACGACGACGAGGAUGCGCCCGGGAAUGAGAAUCACACGCCCGAGGACCCCGUUCCUGCUUACACUAUUCCUUCUUCGUCUUCGUCGACAGAUCUCGCGUCCAUGGAUUUGAACUCCUUAUCCUCCAUCGCAGCAUCCGCGUCCGGAAUGGAAGAUACCUCUCCUUCGCUUCACGACCCAGUAGUACCGGCCCGGCCCACUCCGGCGGAUGGAAGUAAAGACGAACUCAAGAAUAAGGAAGGCGAUAAGGAAGCGAGCGAGGGGGCGGAGAAGGAAAAGGAGAGUUGGUGGGAGUGGUUGACGCACAAAGCUGAUGGGGUCAAGGAUUGGGUGGAUGGCUUCGUUCAUGAUCAUGUUCCAGGGGGGGAGGAGGGGCAGGGGAAGAAGGGUGGGUGA